AUGGGGAGAGGAAAGAUAGUGAUAAGGAGGAUCGAUGACUCGACGAGCCGGCAAGUGACAUUUUCGAAGAGGAGAAAUGGGCUCUUGAAGAAGGCUAAGGAACUUGCGAUCUUGUGCGAUGCUGAGGUCGGAGUCGUCAUCUUCUCCAGCACUGCCAAGCUCUACGAAUUUGGCAGCACCAGCAUGAAGUCAGUCAUUGAACGAUACAAGAAAGCCACGGAGGAUCAGCUACAAUCGAGCAAUUCAACUUCGGAAGUCAAGUUUUGGAGAAGGGAAGUUGAUGUGUUGAGGCAACAACUGCAUGACUUGCAAGAGAAUCAUCGUCAAUUGAUGGGAGAAGAGCUUUCUGGUUUAAGUGUUAAAGAUCUACAGAACCUGGAAAACCAGCUGGAGAUGAGUCUUCGAGGUGUCCGUAUGAGGAAGGACCAAAUUUUAAUUUCAGAUAUACAAGAACUGAAUCAAAAGAGAAACCUCAUCCACCAAGAGAAUGUGGAACUGUAUAAGAAGGUAAACCUCAUUCAACAAGAAAAUAUGGCAUUGUACAAGAAGGUUUAUGGAACUAAGGAUGUGAAUGGAGCAAACAGUAACGCACUUCACACUAAUAGUUUAAGCGUCAGAGACGACCCACAUGAACCUGUUUGUCUCCAGCUUUGCCAGCCACUGCAACAGAACCUGGAGGCACCAUCAGGAGUUACAACUUUGGGAUUACAACUGCAAUAA